AGGUUCAACUGUGUCGUACCCUACUGAACGAAAUGUCUCAUGGCCAAAAAUCACAAGAAUGGAGACAAACCUGCCAAGCUGUCCUUAGAGAAUCUGUAAGUCAUGCACAUUGACCAAGUACUUUUCCGCGUUUUAAUGAGACUGAGUCGAAGUUAGCUUACAAAACUGCCGUUUCUCUUCGCUUAUCGCCUUGAAACGCUCCUAGUUUUGAAACGUCCCAAGCGGCGAGUAGCAGGGAGAAACGGCUGUUGAAGUCAACUUGAAACGUAAAACAAAAUAAAAAGAAUGAGGCUAAUAUCCCCAGCAGCCAUUUUAUUGACCAGCCUGGUCAACAAAAUAACUAUUCAUUUUCCUUUUUAAGAAAGACGUAAACAAAUUAACCUGCACUUGCGGGAUCGGAAAAAUAUGAAAUCGCGAUUGGGCAAGAAAGGCCCAUUAGCUUCAUCUUACCCGAUGGCUGAACCAGCCAUAUAUAUGAUAAUGAAGACCAACAGACACAAAAGGCCUAUUGCCUAUUGGAUUAUUUAAGUAUUUCAGCAAUUUAUCAAGGAUUUAUGUGUUCGCAAAAGUAUGAGAAUCUAGGCUAAAAUUUCUAAACAAAACUUUUGUUUAAAGUCAUCUAACAGCUCUUGUUACUAAUAAUUUAUUAUAUUAUAUUAUAUUACUAUAUAUCAUGACUGUCGUUAUCUACCUUUUACAACCGAUAUAUUUUUUCAAUGACAGGUUUUCCACAUGGGUUACAGAUGACCAACUAGAAGUCUAUCGUGGCCAAAUCAAAAGUUCUCCACACCGUUUUAACAUGUACAUAUCGUCCACGUUAAAAUGGGAGCAGCAGAAAGAAAUCGGUGGAGAUGAGUGCCCGCAGGGGAACCAGGUCUCUGUAAAAUUUGGUGACGGUGGCAUCUCCGCCUUCCUAAUCUGCAGUGACGUUACUACUUUGAGCCUAACUGUUAAGAAUUUUCCAGGCUCAUCACUUAUAUUUCUCAACUUGCCAAAGGUUAGUAACUUUUUAAAAAAUAAGUCUUAACAAGUGUCAGCCUGAAGUGAAAACAGGAAGCUAAGAGCAUCCGGUCAACUGCGUAUCUGUAAUAACUAUAGACACCUCCUACAUUCAUGAUUUGUUAGCAGAUGUACCGCAUGCAUGCUACACUGUAGCUAACUCAAAACGGCAAGGAGUUCCUCUCAUAGUAAAAUACAGUCACAGAAUUGUUCGUUCUUUGUAUUAUGCACAAUACUGGCACUUGAAAAUCGGGGGGGGAAAGGAUGAUUUAGCAGAUCAUGUGUUGAAAUUAAUAAAAUUUGAUUUUAUUAAUUGAUAGGACUGGGAAAAAAGUUCGAUUGAAAAAGCCUUUGGAAACAUAAAGGCCAUCACUACCAGGUACUACAGCACUGGCUAUUUCCGUAUCGUGGUAUUUCCGCAUGACCCCAACCCAUUUGGCCAGCUUUCUUUGGCAGUUGAAAUAGCGAAGGCAUUCGGGAUGAACUGUGAAGUCGCCUACUACACUACUACCGUGAUACAAAUAAAACGUGGAAGGGUAAUUAUAUUUUCAUAAGUUGAUCUUAGUUGUGUAGAGGUUUAGUAACUACAGGUAAAUCUACGAAAAGAACAGCAAUUUACAGUUGAUUGUCACCCUUGAAGAAUUCACAAUGCUAUGAAAAUUCAAUUGCGUUACAAAACAUGUGUUUGAUCUCAGACAAUUCAGAUCUCAAACAAUUCAAUUUUCCCCCAGUUAUUUUGGUUUCUAAUGUUACAGAAACAAUUAUUUGCACUGACUCGAACCCAGGGGAACCCAAAAAAGCGCCCAGGCCUGGGAUUCUCUGAAGCAUUCGAAGACAUAACUUGUGUGUGAUUUUUUUUCCAGUAUCAGAGGAUCAGUACUCAAUCAUUUUAAUUUUAAUUGUGUUUUAGAGGGAAGCGUCUUGACAAAAACAUUACUACCAUUUUGCGCGUUCAGCUCCACUGUGGACACAACCACGAGAGUCAAGAGGGG